AUGGGAGGAUCAUUUUCAACAACAGAUUACAGAGACCAGAUCGUCAAAUUCUAAAAGAAUUACCUGGGAAUGGAUGAUACCAACGAUCUCUAGAAUUUCUUGUUGCAGUCAGAAGACUUUUACAAUAUGUUCACAACCUGCUAGUUGGAAGACUUCAGAAAGGCAAUAAAAACAAUGCACGAUUUAGCUACCUAGCAAAAAAUAAUAAGUGAUGAUAAUUAGAGAAAGCAGUUAAAGGGUGCAAUUCAUGUAUUGAUAAGAACUUUCCCUCUGCUAUUUGAGGAUAAGGAGAUCAUGAUGAGAUGCAUGUGGAGAGAAUAAGCAUUAUUCGGAAAUUAGGUUAAUGCUCUCAAAAUGAUGGACUCAAUUUCAAUACUUUUAUUCAAACCAGGUUUUACAGUCUAGGAAGUUCCAGAUGGACUUGAAUUACAAUACUCAGGCAUUGAUGAAUAGCUUGUAUGGAAAUCAGGAAUAAGCAUUCCUGAGGCCCCAAAUCACUACUAUAACUCAUAUAACCCAAUCAGAAUUGAUCUUAUGCGACUUAUGAUUAUUAUUCUAUCUCAGCCUUUGUAUUAUGGGCCAGAUGAAUAUCUAUUGGUCUUGAAUCCAUUUAGCACAUAUUUUACCAAUAGAAGAGCAAAGAAUACUAAGAAUUUAUUCGUUUCAUUGGUAAACACAGUUCUAUCCUACGAUUGCCAAGGCUAUGGUAUUCCAUAUUUCAGUGCUAUUGAUCAAGGUGGCGAUUAAGAGUAAAUGACAUCGAUUGCUUUGCAUCUAUUGCUGAUAUUGAUUGAGUAUAAGCCACCUUCUCUAGAUAAUUUAAAGUAUUUGAUCAAUGGGGGACACACAUCUCUCACGAGAAUUAAAGAUUUCUUUUAUCAUGGAUCAAAGUAUAAUUAAUGCUUAUUAAUCUAUAUUAGUGAACCUAACGAUGUUUAAGUAAUUGAAGACUUGACUAUAAAUGAACAUUACAGAUUAAUGAGAGUCAUUCAUGGUAGAAUUAAUUUAGAUCCCCUUUACACUGGACUUAGUUAGUUUUUCCAAAACAUUGUUGAUUCUCAACUGACCUACUUGCCAAACUCAGUAAACAUGAUACCCUUUAAUCAAGAACAUGUAUUUGAAGAUUUCACAAUGAGAGAAGAUUUCCAUUAAAAGAUACUGCUCGGAGUUCUCAUUUUACUUGAUUAAAGCAAAAAGAACCCUACCAAGUCAAAUCUUAUGUACUUGACUAUCUUCAUGCUUUUGACUAUCUCAUCAAGCAGAGAGCUUUCAAUGAAUUUGAAUCACCCUUAUAAUCUUGGAAUUAAGCUUGAUGUCCCUGAGUUCCAAGGCACAUAUGCUGAUCUCGUUUUCCUUUCCGUUUAUAAGCUGAUUCAUAAUGGUCCUAGACUUUUAAAGCCAAUUUACAAAUCAAUAAUAGCUAUUCUCUCUAAUGUUGCUCCAUAUACUAAGAAAUUAUGCAGAGAGGCUGCUGAUGGCCUGAUGUAUCUCGUUUAGGUGUUCUCAAAGAAAGAAUUUUUGCUUGAGAAGGAAGAUAACUGCAAGAGUUUGACUUCAUUAUUCGAAGCAAUAAACUAUCUUGUAGCUUACCAUGAUGAAACUAACUAGUACCUAUAAAUUCAGUUGAUGAAAUAUCAGACAAUGUUUGACUACUUUGAUGCUACAGAUUUCGAGCUGAAACUCACUUAGACUUCUCAUUAGAUCCAGCCAUAAUAAAGAUAAAAUUAAUCUCCCUAAAAAGAGUUAGUAGCAGUGACUAACACUCAUUAAGAGGAGACUAAGGAUGGUUUAUUAUAGAAUGUUUAAGAAGAGUCUAAGGUUGAAGAAGAGAUUCAAUAGAAACAAGCAGAUCCUAUCCAUCAUGAAUCACCUUAUUAAAACAAUGAGAAUAAAAAUGACAAUGAAGUAAUAAUAGAUAAAAAGAAUCAUCAAAACGAGGAGGAAAAAGUAUCAAUCAGUGAAGUUAUUGUCGAGGAGCAAUAACAGCAUAGAUCUCCAGUUUAAACAUCACAUCAUUAACAGUAGUAGGAUGAUGAUGAGGAUGAUGAUGGCUGGAAAAAAUAAGAGGAAUCCCCAAAGAAUUCAUAAUCAACUGUAGACACUCAAUAGCAGUAACCUGAACAGACAAAUGAUAUCUAAUAAGAAAGUGGAUUUAAAGCUCUAUAAAAUAUUAGCGAUACUAAGAUUGAAAGAUAAAACUAAGAUGUUCAGAGCAGACAAGGAUUGGCGGCAAAUGAGGAACAAAAAGGUGAUAAUUUAGCUGCAGAAGCACUACUCAAUUAAAGAAUGGUUGAUGCACAGUGGCCAUCACCUGAGUGGUUCAAGAAAUGGAAAGAAACUCUUAUCCUUGCCAACAUCAAAGCAUGCAUCUCUCACACUUAUAAUAAAGCUAUGUCCUUCAGGAACUAACUGAUCGAAGAGGAUGGAAGCUACGCUUCAAACUAAAUUGUCAAUAUUGACGAAGAUUAGCUAGCAACCUAUUUGCAGAGAUUUUCGCUGAAAGGACUGCUUCCCACCAUGCCUAAAAUUUUGGUGACGACUUACAGAGGCAAUGACUCAAUCGACACUUGGUUGAUAGCAUAUCUAUGGGGACUAAUAUUCGUUCAAGCUCAAGAGUUCUCCUUAUUCGACCACAGAAAGUUCAGACUAUUUUCAAUAAAUACCUACCAGGGAAACAACUCGUGA